AUGGCCUGUGCACACGAUGACCCUCACCUGGGCGAAGGUCCUUCCGAGGACUCAGACUUCCUCGUGGACGAUUCAGACUCGGGAAGUGUGCUUUCUGACGACUCGGUGCUUCCCAACUAUGAACGGGAGGAGAAGUACACUGAGCCCCCUAAAAAUGUGUAUGAAGCGUGCAAGAGAAAUGACGCCCCAGGCCUGCGCAGCAUCAUGGAGAGAGGAGUGACCCGGGCAGAGGUCAUGGAGCUGGACAUCAACGGGAGAAAUGGACUGAUGUUGGCUGUGAGCAAGGGCUACGUGGACAUUGUCACCUCUCUGCAUGUGUGUCCAUAUAUCGACAUUAACCUCCAGGACAAUGACGGAAACACUGCCCUCAUGAUAGCUGCUCAAGCUGGAUUCAUCACUAUUUUAAAUUACAUCCUCAACUACUAUUCUGAUGUGGACACUGAGAUCAGAGACCCCAGAGGGUUUACGGCCCUCAUCAAAGCUGGUCUGCAGGGACGAGAGGAGUGCGUGUCGGCUCUGGUCAUGCAUGGAGCAGAUGUGCACGCGAUGGACCUGGUGCAGGGAAAAGGACUAAAGGACUGGGUGCUGAAGACUGGCAGGUUUGAGACUCUGGUUCGACUGCGGCGGCUGCAAUCUCGUCCUGUGGCCGAACAGUUUUGUGAGAGCUUUGUCCCCGAGUGGCCUGAACUCAAACAUCUGGUUGCUAAAUCCACUGCUCCCAAAACUGCCACUCAGAAACUACGGCAGCGAAUCAGAGACAGCCUUUCGUUUAGGUUUCCUCAAGACCCACAGGACAAUGGAGUUAUGGACCAAAUGGUGCGGAUCACUACAAGCAUUCACAGUCCAUUGGUGACUGUUGGUUGCCGCCCACUCUGCCCCACCAGCCCCCCUGAAAUGGGUAAGCGGCGCCUGGCCGUACCUGAACUGUUGGCCAAGCACAGCGUGAAGGAGUUAGAGGAAAGCACAGUGUCCCACAGUAGUGGCUCUGUACACUCGACCUCCCCCUCGCUGGUGUCUGCCACAUCCGUGUCAUUCACCUCCUGCUGCUCUGAGAGGAAGGAGAGCAUCACAGGGGGCCGCAGCUUCAUCCCACGCAGCAUGGCACACAGGAACAGCAUAUUCCCCUCCGGAUGCAUCCCAAAGAUUGAAGUGACCAAGAGCGGGGAGCCCACUCCCAAGAAACAGAAAAAGAAGAAGAAUCAGAAGGGUUACCUGGAACCUCCUGUGUGGAAGUACAAAGAAGCCAAAGAGGAGAAGAAGAGGGAGAAGAGGGAGAAGGAGGAGAAGGAAAAGAAAGACAAGAAAGACAAGAAAGACAACAAGAGUAAGAAGUCAGGUAAAAAGUCUAGUAAAAAGUGACAAUGAUACUUAACGAUUUUUCA